AUGUCGGAACCGGAAGUUAUCGUUAUUCCGGAUUCACUAGAUCCUUCAGUUGUCCCACAGCUUUCUGAAGUUGUUGUGAUCUCGUCAGAUAGCGAAGAGGGAGAAAGUCCCAUACGGAUGCCCUUUGUUUCCCAAGUGUUCGAGUCCCAGACGUCAUCUCCGGAGCCAGUAGUACCGGAGAUUACCUUACCACCAAGUGUGGAUCCUUACCCACACAACACCGAGUAUUGGGAAAGAUAUAUGGAAAGUCUUCGACAGUCAGAGUCCUACCGGGAUUGGCAUGAUAGGGACGCUCCGCAGGUUAUUCGAGAUUUUCCACCAAUUCCAACAUACACACCUGUUGGGAAUCCCAUGGAAAUCGGAAAUGAGUCUUACGGAAUAUCAGAAGCAGUACAAGACUCGAGAGCACCAGGACCUAGUAGGGGAUACGGGAUCCGAUAUUCUUCACCUACAACAACGUGGUGCCGACUGUGCGGAUUAAAUGGUCAUGUGUCCUACUUCUGCCCAACCUAG